UUUCAGGUGAUAGAAGCCCACAUUUCUAGAGCUCUUGUCCGCUCCCACCCUUCCUCAGUUCCUUGUCACUGUUUUUGUGGUCAUAGUCGAUUAUAGACCCCAGAACGUGUGCCCUGAAGAGAAUGUUCCAGAUCAAAGCUGUCAUGCUGAGUGUCUUCUCCUUGGCUUACUUGCUGAGUCUUCAGGGAGCUGGGGCCAUCCAGGCGGACCAUAUGUCAAUUUAUUUAGUAUUUGCACAAUCUCAUAGACCUUCAGGGGAGUGUAUGUUCCAGUUUGAUGGGGAUGAGGUGUUUUAUGUGGACCUGGACAAGAAGGAGACAAUCUGGCAUAUGGAGGAGUUUGGCCACGCCUUUUCCUAUGAGGCUCAAGACGGGGUGCAGCGCGUUGCUGUAGCAAAGGCAAACCUGAAUACCCUGAUGCAGCGUUCCAACCACACCCAGGCCUCCAACG